AUGGAUGUUGAUUUAAGAACAUAUUUACAAUUAUAUCACUGUCAACUUACGUGGAAUGAUAGGAUUAAAAUUGUUUUUUAUAUAGUAAAAGCACUUAUGAGUAUUCAUAUUGAAAAUGCAGUUCAUAGGGAUUUACAUUCUGGAAACAUAUUGUAUUUACAAGAUAAUGAUUAUUGGUAUAUUAGCGACCUUGGAUUUUGUGGUCCUGUUGAUAAGCCAGUGAGGAGAUUCUAUGGAAAUCUCCGUUAUAUUGCUCCUGAAGUUAUCAAUGAAAAAGAAUACACUAAAGCGUCUGAUAUUUAUAAAAUUUCAUCUGGACGAUCACCAUUCAAUAUUCAUGAAAAUUAUUAUCAACUUGCAAUGGAUAUUUUAUAUGGUAAAAGACCAAAAAUAAUACCAGAUACUUUGCGAGAAAAGAUUGGAGAAAUUUGUAAAUCAUAUAUUCAACAUUUGCCAACAAAAUUCGAAAAAGAUGAAACAAAUAAACUUUAUGUAGCUCCAAUAAAUAAUGAAUUUUUUACAAGUAAAGUUUUUGAUUUUGAUGAUUUUUCUAAAUUAAGAAAUUCAGAAGGACAAGAAGGUAUUUCUUAA